UUGCAGUCAAGUGAGUCCGCGAUUUCUGCCACAGCAACCUACGUUGAGAACUACCUAGAUUGUGAGUUAAAUUGUUCCUUUUUGAAACAUUGUUAACCAAUCCAUCAAGUGUAAAAAGCCAUAUUAUCUUGACUGGAAAUAGUGUCAAAAAUAUACAUGUUUCUCGAGGUAGACACUGAGAUUUACUCGCUCCAGCGUGCCUAUUAUUCCUCACACACUAUAUAGGACCAGUCAACCUUGAACGGAUCUAAAACGGAACUUCUCAACAAUUAUAACCUGUUUGAACCCGCUUUCAGUAUUUGAUAGCUUCCGUUGCUCGUUUAUUUUUAAUUUGACCAAGUUUCGUAUCUCGUCGUGACCUUAGGUAAAAUAUGUGCACAUAUUUCGAACAUGCGAUUUUGUUACAACCGUGACGUCAAAGCGAAUAUUUGUGCUGUGAUUGUCAUGCAAUUUUGUACGUGAUCUCUUAAAGGCAUGAGCAUUGGCAUUACCGCAAAUAUAAUCUGAAGUGGCUCAUUAACUCAUGAGAUUUCAACAAACCUAUAUAAUCUCUAGUGUUCCUCGUUUCGGAUUUCUUAAUAUUUACGUUUUUGCAAGAAAUUACAUGUGCAUGAUAUCUUGCGAUACGUCAGCUUACGUCCACAUGUAAAUGAGCAGGGACCUUCAGUGUAUGCAUAAACAAGAUCUCGCUGAGUUUUGCUGUACUUUGUAUAUCAACUCCUAUUCUAAAUUCUUAGUUGACGAGAAACCUGGUUCAAAAUUAUUCUGAUUGAAAACACAAAUCCAAACUAAAAGCAGACAGGAAGAGAGACAAUAACUUUAAACAUAAAUCUUUGAUUUUCUCAUUUUUCUCCCUUGAUCAAGGGGAUGAAAAGAGCAAUUUCCAUGUUGGCAUCAAUUCUCAUAAAUUUGGCUCAGUUGUUUUUAACCCUUAAGCUUGGAAGAUCUGAUUAUUGAUUCUACUCUUCAGCUGCAACACAUUUCCCUUGGAAAAGUUAUGAGAAUUUGGUCAUAGAUCAAAAUAGCAACUUCUGACUGAUGUGUUUAAAUAUUCCCAUAAUCUAUUUCCUGAAUAAAGUAGGGAUAUUAUAGGGAGAAGUUGCAAGUUAAUCACUUGUGGAAGGGUAACAUUUGAGAGGGCAAAACAUUUUUUUUUUCUUUUUCAUGGAAGUGGAGGCCAUGAACUUCCAGAUCAGGGUAGAUGUUGUAAGAACAGCCCAACAGAAAAACAGCUGAUUCCCAGAAACAAAUUAACCCUUUGAACCCAAAGAUUGGGUUACAACUUCUCCAUACUACCCUCACCAUCGAUUGGAAGGCAGGAUAUUUUCGAAAAUUCAUGUCUAUUUGAUAUGGGGUACUUUGCUACAUCCUUUGGAUAACUUAAAAAAAGCCUUGAUAAAACAUUUUUCUUUUUCUUUUUUUUGUUUUGUUAACUGUAGGUGUAGAAUCUCUACCUGAUGAUAUGCAAAGGAAUAUUUCUCAGAUGAGAGAGCUGGAUCUUCAUUAUCAGGGUUUGUUAGCAGCAUAAGAUUUGGACCAGAUGAUCUAAAUAUUUGUGUGUUAAGUUUUCCUCAGUUUUUAAAUUUUUUAGAUAUAAAAGUGUUAUGUUUUCAAUGUUUCAGAGAGACUUAAAGAAAUUGAAAGGCUUAUCAACAGUUACUUUAAAGAAAAAGAGCCAGCAGCCAGGAGGAAAUGCUUGAUUCAAAUUCAAAGACGACUUAUCAGAAGUCAGGAAUAUGGUGAUGAUAAACUACAGCUGGUUGGAAACAUGAUGGACUUGGUGAGCUGUUACUGACUUAUAAGAAGUGUUUGCAAUUUAAUACAGUCAUGCUAAGAAAGCUGAGGAAUCAACAGUCCCUGGAAAUUAUCCACAGUCCCUUAUACAGGUCUCACCAUCAUUGUUUCCAUGUCUUUUUGAAGUUUUAAAAUCUUUUCAGACAGGGGAAAUUUAUUUAAAAUUUUGAAGAGCUAGCUUUACAGUUUCCAAAGGGAAAAAAAUUUUAAGGGUAAAAGACUGUCAAUUUCCUUCCAUGUUCAUGGAUUGUUCUUAUUACGUUUUUUAAAGAAGAAGUUACUCAUUAAACAACUUAUAAUUUAAAUUUUGAACAUAAAAGCAAACUUUUCAGUAAUGAACACUAGUGAAGUAGUAGUGAAAAUAAGGCCUGAAAAAAUUCAGGCCUGUAUGGGAUUUGAACCCAUGACCUCUGUGAUAGUGGUGCAGUGCACAAGUCAACUGGGAGCUGGUCAUUAUGUUGGAUCUAAAUGAACCUGUGAAAUGAUGAAUAAAUGACUAUGAAUAUAUGAAAAUAAUAUACUGGUACGUGAACUGAUUUUCUCAUAUAUUUAUGGUCAUUUAUUUGAAUUUUGUUAAUCACGUGUGCAGGUGGAUACUCGUACUCGACAAAUUGAAGUAGAUGUGGAAAACCUGGACACGUACAGGAAUGACGACAUGCCACCUCUCUUAAAACCCGACGUUCAGCCAGGUACUAUUAUAUUAACUGUCAUCUCAGCUUUUAUGAAUUCACAACUUUUUAAAUGUGAUUUAACCCUAUCAAGUCAUUUAUCUUUAAUUUAACCCUUUAACUCCCAGAAGUGAUUAACAUGGAUCUUCUUUGUAUAAUAUCCAUACAUCAGCCUGCAAACAAGUAUUGAGAAAACUCUGAACUGUAGGUAGAAGUUUUUAUCUUGAUCUAACACUAAAUUCUCAUAACAGUUUUACAAGGAAAUGUGUACAGGUAGAGGCAAGAAUUAACAAUCAUAUCUUGGGAGUUCAAGGGUUAACUCUAUGAGUGACCAAAGAGAAGUUCUCAUUACAGUUUUGAUAAAACAUCAAGCAGAAAAGUGAUGAGAGUUAAGAAGUAUAUCAAUGAGGGGAUUAUGAGUUGAUUCAAUACCAAAUUCUCUAAUUUUCAUCCUAAGGAUUGUAUAGUGGACAAUAGGAAAGAUCUUGGGAGCAAAUGAGUUAAUUUGAUUCAGCCCAUCAACUCAUUUAUCUAUUUCUUGGUAGAAAAUAGGAACUUAAGAAGGGUGAAGUUCUUAACCCUUAAACUCCUAAGAUCUGAUUGUUAAUUCUCCCCUCUCGAUCCUACACAUUUCCUUGUAAAUUAGUGACCAGAAUUUGGUGUUAGAUCAAGAUAACAACUUCUAUCUGAUAAGUUUUAAUAUUCUCAUGACCUGUUUGCUGGAUAAUGUAAGGAUAUUAUAGGGAGAAGUUUAAUGUUGAUCACUUCUGGAAGUUAAGGGGUUAAGAGACAAAACUUAAACUUUCACUGUUGCCAAGGGUACUGAAUUCUUUGCAGUUAAGGUUCUUGCCAUUUCUCAUUUGAAUUGUUUUGUCUUUCUGUCAGCCAUUCUAGAGGAGCACCACUCAAAACCUGAGAAGACAAAGAGUAAGUCACUGUAAAUAAUUUUUGGAUAUUACUGAAGAGACAGCUUUGCUAACCAACUGCCAUCAUUCUAACUAAAUUUUUUGAUGAUAUUUCUUGUGGUAGGAAAUCGGCGGCAGCGUAACCAUGACAAACAUGAGCGUGACUCAGAGGGCAGAGGGGGGUCAAGUGGGGCAGGAGGCUCAGAGGUGGUCAAGCCUGUCAAGAAGAAGGCAAAGACCAAUAGAAAGUAAGUUGUAGUGUUCAUUAUACUUUUGUGAGGUUAAGUUAAGAAUUAUUGAACAAUAGAUCUACAGUCAUUGCAUUAAAUAUGGGUUAAUUCCCUCACAACUCUGAUGACCAACUUAUCAAAAUUCUUGAUGCACAUUCAGUUGCAAAAAUAUCUAGGAAAUGUUGUGAUAUCAAUCAUGUGUCCUAAGAUGGCUCAGUAUUUAAGUUGCUAUGAAUAUUUAUUAUAAAUGAUGGAAAUUUAGCAGUGGACAUUCCACUAGGUGGCUCUUCUUGUCCACUGUUUUCAGGUCGAAUUGGAAUAUGGAAUCUUAGUUUUUAUGGAAGGAGGAAAACCAGAGAACAAACAGCAACAAACUCAACCCACAUGUAACAACAGGUCUGGGAAUCAAACCCAGGCCACAGCAGUGGGAGGCAAGCACUCUUACCAAAGUGCCAUCCCCACUUCCAAAUUUCUAUUAUUUGACUAAAGUUACCAUGAUUUUCUUAACUUUAGGGGAAAAUCAAAGAAUCAAGACUCACCUACACCUGAGUAUCCAAUUGAUCCAAAUGAACCCACAUACUGUUUGUGUAAUCAGGUAUGAAACUGUUCUUUAAACCUUUACACCUUAACAUCAGUAUGCAUAUUCUCCAUACUGUUCUCUAUACGUUUGCUAAGGAGCUGACAAGGAGAAUUUGUUUAUUAAUCAAGUACUUCUUUAGUUGGUGAUCAUUUCCUUCAUUCUCAUGACCUCAAUAUGUGAUUCAAGGUUGUUGUUGGGAGGAAAAAUUAGAUGCUUGUCACUAUUAGGGUCAAAAGGUUAAGUUGAUUAGCCUGCACUGCCAGGUAUUUUUUGUGUACUAUGAAGCCAUGAAAAUGAGUGUCAGGACCACUUGUGUACACCACUGCUGGAUAGAUGUCAAGUGUAUGUAAAUGGUGGGAUUUUAACUCCCACAAGUGACUAAGACCGAUCUUCUCCUUACACAAUCAACACAAUGUCAAGCAAGCAAGUGAUGAGAACGAGGAAAGUGUCAAUUAGGGGAUUAUCAGUUAAUUCGCAUGCCUCCCAAAUGAGGGUUGCAAAGGUCAUUAGAGAAUAUUGGACUUGGAAUCUACCAACAGUUUAUUACUUUAUUCCAGUCAAAUGUUGGCGUAAAAUGACAAUUGUAGUAGUCACCUGUCAAAAAUGAAUCAGCAAAAUUACAUAAUUGCCAACAUUAAAAUGACACCUUAGGACCUUUGGGUCCAAGACAAAGAAAAAAAAAGCUAAUUCUCUAAGGUGUUAUUCCUGACUCACAAGAUUUUCCCUUGCAUUUUAGAGAAGAAAACGUUUCUGACAUAAAACAGGGGCAGCAGAGAAAGAUUGUUUUUCCUUCUGCUCAUGCCCAGUUUCUCAGCAGUUGCUAGCUAUGAUUGACUUAUUGAAUAAAGGGCGACGAGGAUUCCCACGCAAAUUCGAGCAAACUUCAUAUCAGAGGAGUGCAGAACAUUGGUUGAUCUAAUUCCAAAUUCUUCUUACUAACAUGAUAUGAAUUGUAUGGCAGACAGUUGGGAGAAUUACUUAUGAGAUCUUGGAAGUAAAGGGUUAAGACUUCAUUUUGAUAAGCUGUUAUUUUACUGUAACACAAUUAAUAUGGAGAGCGUUGCCUUGCCAAUCUGUGUAACUAACUUUAUGAUGUUUCUUUCUGUACAGGUUUCAUUUGGAGAAAUGAUUGGGUGUGACAAUGAAGAGGUAAACCUUUGCUUCUAUUAUAUUUAUGUGACAUUUUUGUUAAAUUUGAUUUAAAAAAUUCAAGAAAUGGUGGGAGAGACUAGAAUCACCAGCUUUUUAAUAUUAUUUUAUCAAAGAAACCUAAUGUUUACUAUUUUUUUACCACUUUUUUCAACAGUGUCCCAUAGAAUGGUUUCAUUUUCAGUGCGUGGGACUCACUACCAAACCAAAAGGAAAAUGGUAA